GCGCGGCAGUGCUGACGCCGAGAGGCCGGGCAGACGGCGGAGCGCGAUGCCCUACGCGAACCAGCCCACCGUGCGGAUUACGGAGCUCACCGACGAGAAUGUCAAGUUCAUUAUCGAGAAUACGGACCUGGCGGUGGCCAAUUCCAUUCGGAGGGUCUUCAUCGCCGAGGUGCCCAUAAUAGCCAUUGACUGGGUUCAGAUUGAUGCCAAUUCCUCAGUCCUUCAUGACGAGUUCAUCGCUCACAGGCUUGGGUUGAUCCCCCUCACUAGUGAUGACAUUGUGGACAAGCUGCAGUAUUCCCGGGACUGCGCAUGUGAAGAGUUCUGCCCUGAGUGCUCGGUGGAGUUCACGCUGGACGUGCGCUGCAACGAAGACCAGACUCGCCACGUCACGUCGCGAGACCUCAUCUCCAACAGCCCCCGAGUGAUUCCGGUAACAUCCCGGAACCGAGAUAAUGACCCCAAUGACUACGUAGAGCAGGACGACAUCCUCAUCGUCAAGCUGAGAAAGGGCCAGGAGCUGAGGCUUCGCGCCUAUGCCAAGAAGGGUUUUGGCAAGGAACACGCCAAGUGGAACCCCACCGCAGGGGUGGCUUUUGAGUAUGACCCCGACAAUGCCCUGAGGCACACGGUGUACCCCAAGCCAGAGGAAUGGCCGAAGAGCGAGUACUCAGAGCUGGAUGAGGAUGAGUCACAGGCUCCCUACGAUCCCAACGGCAAACCAGAGAGGUUUUACUACAACGUGGAGUCCUGUGGCUCUCUGCGCCCUGAAACCAUUGUCCUCUCAGCUCUCUCUGGAUUGAAGAAGAAGCUGAGUGACUUACAGACCCAGUUAAGCCACGAGAUUCAGAGUGACGUUCUGACCAUAAACUAACUGCAGCUCGCCUGUUUCAGGAAAAGCGGAGCGCCCGUAGCUGGCCUCCAGGUCUCCUGAGUCUGCUGGCUUCCAGCCUCAAGCUUCUGCCUCUGCCAGUGAAGUAGUGGUGAGGUCCUCGCAGGGCAUCACCAGGGCAGUUUUCCACUGGGCAGUAGCAUCCCUGGCCUGCAGCUGGUUGCCAGUGGUGCUCCCCAGGAUGUCCCCUCCACCCGUCACCCCGCUGAGCCUGUGGGGGUCCUACUGCUUCCCUGUUAGGGGCCACCUGAGCUGGGUGCCUCUCUCAGGCCUUUUCUGUCCAAAAUGACUUCUUGCCUUGUACUGGGGUGUCGGUUAGGGCCGAGCCGCCUGCGAGCCCUCCCGUCCCUGCACUCCACUCACUCUCCCAGCCCCGACUUUGAGAUGCGUGUUAGACCCCACCGGACCCACAAGCCCAGCUCUGCCCGCGGUGAGGACCCCCACCGGUGGUCUGGUGCAUAAGGGGAGGGGGUGUGGAGGCAGGCCGGGCUUCAGUGGAGACCUGGCCUGACCCGUGGCCCUGGAGGUGGUAACAUACUGACAGCAGUUCAUUAAGCAGCCUGGCAGGAGAAAACCAGAGAUCCAGAACAGAAAGGAAAGGAUAUUUAUUGAUUAACAAUAGUUGUCCUUUUUAAAAGUUUUUAUUUUUGGCAAUAAAGAGCACAAUAUAAUCUC